AUGAACGGUGCAAUCUGGGAUCUCCACCGCUGCGGAAGAGCAGAAGAGAAAGCUCCAGGAAUACCGAGCAGCCAAGGGAAAACUGGCCAACCUUCCAGCAACCGUCAGCAACAGCACAAGCUGGAUCAUCCUCUGGAGAGCUGUCGAGGAGAACUGGGGAGUGACAGGUCAAGGAAAUACUGCACAGGCUCUGUGGACAUGUCCAUGGUGCGGACAGAACUAAUAAACAAUUUGUUAGAGAAACACAAAUCAGGAUUCCACCAGGAAAGUCACGGCAGCUCCCGAAAGGAGCAGCUCUUGCGAAAGGGCAAGAGCAGCAGAAGGUGGGGGGACAUAAAGAAGUAUCUAAAAGCAGAGGUUCCAGGAUCCGGGCUUCAGAAUGAUAGGAAGGGAAGCAGGUGGGAAAACAAGGCAAGCUGGUGGGAAAACCGUGAGGUGAACGUGGCCCUAGCUUGGUGUGGCAGAAGCUGGAAAGAAGGCAGGACCCUAAAGAAUCGGAACGACAACUGGCAGAGAGAGAAGUUGGCUAUCACGGAAUCACCAGAGGAGCCUGGAGCAUUAACGGAUGAAAACUAUUUUGUGAACUACACUUUCAAAGAUCGGUCACACUCAGGCCGUGUGGCUCAGGGCAUCAUGAAACUGUGUCUGGAGGAAGAGCUGUUUGCUGACGUCAUCAUUUCAGUGGAAGGCCGGGAGUUUCAGCUCCACCGGCUGGUCCUCUCAGCUCCAAGGUGCUUCUUCCGGUCCAUGUUCACUUCCAACCUGAAGGAGGCCCACAACUGGGUGAUUGUGCUGCAGGAUGUCAGUGAGUCUGUUUUCCAGCUCCUGGUUGAUUAUCUCUACCAUGGGAGUAUGAAACUUAGAGCUGAUGAGCUGCAGGAAAUUUAUGAGGUGUCAGAUAUGUGUCAGCUGACAUCUCUCUUUGAGGAAAGUUCUCGGCUUUUGGCCCCCACAGUGCAGGUGGGGAACUGCCUUCAGGUGAUGUGGCUGGCAGAUCGCACAAGUGAUCCUGAGCUCUACACUGCUGCCAAGCACUGUGCUGAGGCCCACCUCGCCCAGCUGCAGGACACAGAGGAGUUUCUCCACUUGCCCCACCACCGACUCACUGAUAUCAUCUCCAAUGGAGUUCCAUGUUCACAGAACCCAACAGAGGCAAUAGAAGCCUGGCUCGAUUUUAAUAAAGAGGAAAGAGAGUCUUUUGCAGAGUCACUCAAGAGUAGCUUGAAGGACAUUGGGGAGAACGUGCACAUUUACCUGAUCGGGAAAGAGUCAUCUCGUUCCCAUCAUUGUGCUGAAGAUGACUCCGUCAGUGUACGUGGCCAAAACAGUUUGUGCCACCAGAUCACUGCAGCCUGCAAGCAUGGUGGAGACUUGUACGUGGUAGGAGGGUCCAUCCCACGGCGCAUGUGGAAGUAUAACAACGCCAUUGUGGACUGGGAAUGGUGUACACCCUUACCCCGGGACCGGCUCCAGCACACCAUGGUGUCUGUGCCCGGGAGAAAUGCUAUAUAUUCACUGGGUGGCAAGACACUGCAGGAUACCCUCUCCAAUGCAGUUAUCUAUUACCAGGUAGAUUAUAACAACUGGAUAGAGACAACACAGCUAGAGGUGGCUGUGUGAGGGGCUGCUGGAGCCAAUCUCAACGGGAUCAUCUACUUACUGGGGGGGGAGGAGAAUGACCUGGACUUCCUUCCCAAACCUUCCCGACUCAUCCAGUGCUUUGACACAGAGACAGACAGGUGCUACAUGAAGCCCUGUGUGCUGCCCUUUGCCGGCCGCGUGCAUGCCGCUGUGCAUAAGGAUCUGGUGUUCAUCGUGGCUGAAGGGGACUCCCUGGUCUGCUACAAUCCCCUGCUGGACAGCUGUACCCGACUUUGCCUUCCUGAGGCCUGGAGCUCAACCCCACCCCUCUGGAAGAUCGCCAGCUGUAAUGGGAGCAUUCAUGUUUUUCGGGAUCGAUAUAAAAAGGCGGAUGCCAACACCUACAAGCUGGACCCUGCCACUUCCACUGUAACAGUCACCAGAGGCAUGAAGGUGCUACUUACUAAUCUGCAGCUUGUGUUGGCAUAAGGCAGUGGGGGAAGAGCGGCUGACUUCUGUCCUCCCCUUUUCCAGUACCUGCCCACACAAACUGGAAGUCUCCAAAAUCCCAACUCAGAGCACUAUGUUACCUUGCGGCACAUGUUCAACAGGCAGCACUCAGCCCUUCCCCGAAUCCACGGGGAUAGCCACUGUGGGGCUUUCUAGCUGCCACUGCUCAGCUGGCUGCCUGAAUGAGGGCAGGCCAGCCUGUUCUCUGCCAGCUCUGGUCAUCCUGUGCCCACCGCAGACUGCUCAGAGCAAGCAUCUCCUCGGAUCUGAGGUACAGCCUCCCCUCUUUACCUGAUCAGUGUUAAAUAUAAGCAGCCCUGACCCCAGGACCAAAGGAAAAAAUGCCAAUCUUUCUUCUAUAGUCUGCUAAGUUAUUUGGUAAUUUUUUCACAAAGAAUUAGGUGUUUAAGAGUUUUGCCUUUAGGCUUUGGUGGGAGAAUGGACAAAACUGAAGGUGUCCUUCACCAGCAAGAGUCAACUCUAAAAUU